AUGACCAGUGGCGACAGCAACAGCAACACAACCAUUGGCAGCACGGACUGGCACGUCAUGGAAGUGGAUCAGGUUGUCAAAACCUUGGGCACAUCCAUUGAAAAAGGCCUGACCUCGGAAGAAGCUUCAUCACGCCAUCAUCAAUAUGGAUACAAUGAAUUGUCUACAGGAGGUGGUCCUACCUGGUUUACGAUCCUGCUACGACAAACCAAGGAUGUCAUGAAUUGGAUUUUCGUAGCCCUUGGUGCCGUAUCAUUUGGAUUUGGCGACUACCCAACGGGUUCCAUGCUUAUGUUUAUUGCCGUCCUCAACGUCUAUUUAUCAUUCUCUCAAGAGUAUGCAGCCGAACAGACAUUGGCUGCUCUUCGUAACUUGUCAUCCCCUGAAGCACGCGUAUUACGCGAUGGUCGUACUCAAACACUUGCCAGCCGCGAUAUUGUUCCCGGUGAUAUCCUAUUGAUCCAAGAAGGUGAUUCCGUUGCCGCUGAUGCUCGCCUCGUUACCAUUUCCAAUCUUGAGGUGGAUGAAGCCUUACUCACUGGUGAAUCGGUCCCCGUACAAAAGCAAUUGAUUGUGUUGGACAAAGCAGACGAACCUCUUGGUGAUCGUGUCAACAUGGCCUACAGCUCAACGGUUGUUUCCAAAGGACGUGGCGCAGCCAUUGUCACAGCCAUUGGCAUGCAAACCGAGAUCGGCAAAGUGGCAAAGAAACUCAAUGAUGCAGGAAGUAAGGGUGAUACCACACGUUUGCAAAAGAGUCUUUAUCGAAUGUACAUUGGACUUUUGGUGGCUGCCGUACUUUGUGUCAUUAUCGUUCUCGCAUCCGUACGCUUCAAGGCUGAUUAUGAUAUUGGCAUGUAUGCCAUGACAGCUGCAUUGUCGGUAUUGCCAGCUGGUCUCACAACAGUCAUGACCGUAACAUUGGUGCUUGGUGGUAAAGAAAUGGCACAACAAAAAGCUGUCGUUCGUAAACUCAAGGUGCUCGAAACAUUGGGUUCGGUGACCAACAUUUUCUCUGACAAGACCGGUACCUUAACCAUGGCCAAAAUGGUGGUCAUCCGUUUCUGGACGCCCAACGAAGGAUACUUUUACGUGUCACCCAAUGGUUUAGCACCUCAUGGCGAUGUUUAUCGUACCGAUGACCUUAGUGAUGAUCAAGUGGGAGGUGGUGAACUUGUUGACAAGUCCAAUAUCUCUGAUUCGAUUCGACAGCUUGUAUGGUGUUCAGCCUUGUGCAACAUGUCAGCCAUCUUUCGUCGUGAUGAAUCAUCGGUAUCGGUUGAAAAGCCACCUACCUUGAAUGAUGAAAAGAAAGGACAACAACAAUCGGAUGUACAAGAAACUGAAUCGGAUGAUUGGAUUCCCAGUGGUGCUCCUACCGAAGUAGCUCUUCAAGUAUUCGCUCACAAGUUCGAUCUUGGAAAGCCACAGCUGACAUCUUCUGGUUGGGAGGAACUUGCGGAGUACCAAUUUGAUUCCACGAUCAAGCGCAUGUCCACCUUGUGCAGGAACACUAUCUCUGGUGAUGCUUUUGUCUUUUCCAAAGGUGCCGCCGAACGUCUCUUGCCACUUUGCAACAACGUCAAGAAUGUCGAUGAGAUUAUGAAACGUGUCGAUGCUUUGGCUGCAAAGGGUUUGCGUGUCAUUGCUCUUGCCAUUCGCAAAUUGGAUCCUGCCGACAUGAAGGACUUGCCACCACACGAUCAAAUGCAUCGCCGAUUCCCUCGCGACGACAUGGAACGUGAUCUUGAGUUCCUUGGCCUUACUGGUAUCUACGAUCCUCCACGACCUGAAUCGCGUAUUGCUGUGGAUGAAGCCCAUGAAGCUGGUAUCUCUGUUCAUAUGCUUACGGGUGAUCACGAGAUCACAGCCCGUGCCAUUGCUCGUGAGAUCAAUAUCUUGGAUGACACCACUAUGCAGAAUGAUCAACUCGUCAUGUCUGGCCCACGCUUUGAUGCUUUAACGGAUGAACAAGUCGAUGCUCUUGAAUACCUUCCAUUGGUUGUCGCACGAUGCUCUCCUGAAACCAAGGUCAAGAUGAUUCAAGCCUCUGAACGAAGAAACAACAUUUCAGCCAUGACAGGUGAUGGUGUCAACGAUUCUCCAUCCUUGCGUAUUGCCGAUGUGGGCAUUGCCAUGGGCAAAAAUGGAAGCGAUGUUGCCAAGCAAGCCUCGGAUAUCAUUUUGACCGAUGACAACUUUGCUACUAUCAUUCGUGCUAUCGCUGAAGGUCGACGCAUUUAUCAAAACAUGCAACGUUUCCUCUUGUAUUAUUGGAUUGCAUUGGCGGCUAUGGCUCUCGUUGUCAUUCUUGCAUUGGCUAUUCAGGAUGUGAAUGGACGUAGUGCUGCUCCUCUUUCGACUAUGCAAAUGAUCUUGAUCUACAUUGCUAUUACGCCACCUGCUGCCGAUCUCAGCACUCAAUCCGCUUCUCCCACUGUCAUGAAGGAACCUCCACGACCUCCCACUGAAAGCAUUUUCAAUCCCGAGAUCUUGAUGGAUUUGACUGUAUAUGCAAUUGGUAUGACAAUCAUCUGUAUGGUCGCCUACGUGGUCCCACUCUACACCGUUGGCUAUGGCAUUGGUGCAUCCGAAUGUGAUACCAAUUAUCGUGAAGGCCCUUGCUAUGCAUUCUAUCGUGCUCGUGCAAGCUUGCUUACCACCUUUUUGUUCUCAUCCAUCAUUGUCAUGGUCCACGUCCGCAGUUAUCGCAGUAUCGAAUGGAAUUGGAAGGGCAUCAAGAACACAUUCAAGUCCAAGGUCAUCAUCGGCACGCUCAUUUUUGAUAUUGUCACCUUGGUGCUCUUCAUGUACAUUCCCCAGGUUGCAAUUGAAGGCUUCAGCAUGAUCGGUAUCCAAUGGGAAUGGGGUAUGGCUGUCGGAUUGAACCUUUUCUAUAUCCUCUUUGGCGAAGUUUACAAGCUGAUCAAACGCAAGGUCAUGAAAACCAAGCGCUCUUAA